CACGGCCAAGCCCAGGUCAGAAGUCUGAAGUUGUGAAUGAAAUGUUCAGUGUGCCUUCGUGCGCCCUGCUGACCUGAUUAAAGGACCGCAGGUGUGUGAAAAGAGAAUGAAACAUUUAAUCAGUUUCAUUAAUUAUAGCGAAAAAAACACUUUUGUCCUGUGGUGAUGUUUCAUCGUCUUUUCGUGGUUGCUGGCCUGCUGUCGUCUUACACAGGUGGAUCUCUCGCACACGGUCACACAGAGCGGGUUGUGGCCUUUGCUGGAGGAGAUGUCAUUCUGCCGUGCAGUUUCAGUAUUUCUGACGACAGCGAGUUUCCGACUGUCGAGUGGUCCAAAGAAGGCCUGAAGCCAGACGUGGUCUUCUUGUACCGGGACGGCUGUGAGACCUACGAGAUGAAGAAUCCAGCCUUCGAGUACAGGACGAGCCUCAUCAUGAAAGAACUGAAAGAUGGGAACAUCUCAUUACGGAUCUCCAAUGUGCAGGUGUCUGAUGCUGGAAAGUACCAGUGCCUCACGUUCCUGAAAAAGGCCGGCAGGAAGGUUACAAGAGUGGAGCUGGUCGUGGUGGCUGUCUCUGAGCCAAAGAUCUUACUUAUUCCAGCCGAGGGCGGUGGCUUGGCUCUGCAUUGUGAAGUCGGCUGCUGGCUGCCAGAGCCUCGGAUAACAUUUCUGGAUGACAAAGGAAAAAGCAUCUCUGCAGAAAACCCAAGCAGAGACCAAGAUCCCCGUGGAUGCUUCACUGUGACACAAAGAGCCACUCUAUCAAGAGCUACCAGCAGUGUCACCUGCAGAGUUCACCAGUCAGAGUUCAACCAGACCAGGGAAACAAAGAUCCUCAUACCAGAUUUCUGCAUGAAGGUUCAUGUUGGUUCCUUUGCCAUCGCCGUUGCAGGAACAGCUUUGUGUCUCUUGGUUGCAGCUGGAGUGAUUUCCCUUUUAUUUAAGAAAUGUGGCCAACCUGCAGUUGUAAAUCAGCAACAGUCUGUGAACUCGUCAGAUCAGAGUAUAACGUGUGAACUGCCCCUCCUCCAGCCAAGAGUUAACAGCAUGGACAGCUGGGUAAAUGGCGGCACAGGGCAGCUGAAAAGCGAGUCCGGGUUUCACAUGGAAGAUGAGACCCUCUGUAAACAACCGAAAAACAAAGUUACUCGCCUCAGCAGGACAGUUAUUAUCCGAAGCUAUUCCACAGCCACACCAGCACCUGCCCACCCAUCUCAAAGAAGGCCCCGUAUUUUCAGCAGUCCAGAUAUUUUCAAUAUUUAUUCAGAGCAGUCCAACUCUUCUUUAGCUGACCGCAGCCUCUUGAAGAUCAACUCUGCUGCCUCACCCCAUCCAAGAACCCUCCUGCGCAGGCACUCCUCGGUACUUCCAUGUUUACAUGACUUUAAUAAGCGCUACAAUCUCCUGGAAGAUUUCACCGAAGAUGAUGAACUGAUAGCUUUUAAAGAUCAAAAAUGAAAGGAAAUUUCACUUGUCAAUUGCAAGUAUGUGGCCAUAGUGACUUUGUUUAAUGAUUCGUUUUAAACCAUGGAAUAAAAAGCAUCGCCUCGGGGAGAACUACAGGAGGUGGCUGGGAAGAUGGAGUUCUGGGCAUCUGCUGUUCCUGGGCCCUGAAUUCCAAUGAAAAGAACUGAGACAGUUUAUCCGUAUUUCCAGGAAACUAAGCUGACUUGAUACAGGUACAGGUGGUGGGAAUUUUCUGCAUUGCCUGUCAAAAUGUGGGACCAGAACAUGAUAUACAGGGAUUGUGUUUCUCGUUCUUGUACAUAAGCGGCUCAUUGAGCUUCAUAAUAAGGGUUAGGGUUCGUUUGUGUUUUUACUUGGGAGAAUUUGUUAAAAUUAGUGUAGCUAUGGGAGUGUCUCCUCAAAGAAGCCGUUUCAAUUCAGUUCAGUUCAAACCUUUGUUGUCAUUGUACACAAUGCAAAGAAUUUUGCUGUAAUGGUAAAUCAAAUUGGCACACUCACUUCUUGCACUUUAAAAGCUUUUUACGUUUCACUAAGUUAUUGUCUUUAUAGUGUUGUGUAUUAAUGUUACUAUUUUUUUUCUUUUAUCAGUUAUGUAUUU